GGUUAAGUUGACAUCAAUUUUCGCGGUAGCAGUUAAUUUUAUCUGAAAUCUUUGCAGAUAAUUAAUGUUUUGGUAAAGUUUGAUUUGUUGAGAGUGAUCACUAUCCAAAAUGAAAGAUAAAAUCAAAGUUACGAACGGGAAUGAUUCCUCGAUCUCCCACAACCUCACUGAGGAAUCUGGGGACGAAGCAGACGAAACUUCAAGUGUAGGAAGUAAUUCCACCACCGAUACGACUUCCAGAAGUGCUACACCCACAAAUAAGUCCUCGAAGAGAGGAAAAAAACGAAAGAAGAAGCUGAGUAUCAUCAAACCCCCCAAACCAUUGUACACAUUCCGUUGUAGCAUCAAAGAGGAUCAUGGUCAACCUCUGUUUGGGGCCCAGUUCAACCACCACCUCAAAGAGGGGCAACCAAAGAUAUUUGCUGCUGUAGGAAGCAAUCGUGUCACUAUUUAUGAAUGUCCAGAGCCCAAUGGUAUCAAACUGGUUCAGUGUUACGCUGAUCCUGAUCUGGACGAAAACUAUUACACUUGUGCAUGGACUUACGACGACGAACAAGGAAGGCCCCUUUUAGCUGUGGCUGGGUCUCGUGGUGUGAUUCGUAUUCUAAACCCAGCCACUAUGUCUUGCAUCCGUCACUACAUAGGUCACGGACAUGCUAUAAACGAAUUGAAGUUUCAUCCUUGUGAUCCCAAUUUGUUGUUAUCGGUAUCGAAAGACCAUGCUCUUCGACUUUGGAACAUCAAAACAGACGUUUGUAUCGCUAUUUUUGGUGGCGUUGAAGGGCACAGAGACGAAGUGUUGAGUGCAGAUUUCGACAUAUCCGGUAACAGAAUCAUGUCUUGCGGUAUGGAUCAUUCGCUCAAAUUAUGGAGGCUGGAUACGGAUACCAUGAAGGAAGCUAUCAAACAGUCAUAUAACUGGAACGCAAAUAGGAAUAGCAGGCCGUUUGAUUCCCUAAAAGUGCAUUUUCCGGAUUUUUCAACCAGAGAUAUACAUAGGAAUUAUGUGGAUUGUGUUAAGUGGUUUGGUGAUUUCGUACUCAGCAAAUCUUGUGAAAACUGCAUCAUUUGUUGGAAACCAGGUCGUUUGGACGAUAACAGACUUCGUAAAGGUGAGACUACAUCUACAAUCAUACACAGAUUCGAUUAUAAAGAAUGCGAGAUUUGGUUUAUACGUUUCGCCAUGGAUUUUUGGCAGAAGAUUUUAGCGUUAGGGAAUCAGACUGGAAAAAUAUUUGUUUGGGACUUGGAUGUGCCAGAUCCAAGUCAAGCUAGAUGCCACACUCUGCAACAUCCUAGAUGCAAUACAGCAGUUCGACAGACCACUUUGAGUCGUGACGCAGGUAUUUUGUUGUGCGUUUGUGAUGACGGGACUAUUUGGAGGUGGGACAAAGCCGAAUGUUGACUGAACAGAAUAAAUUAACUUCUGUAGGAAGGAGAGAGGGAUGUAAUGAUUAUAAGCUUUUUGCUUAGGUUAGAAUUUACCGACUCUCGGAAAUAUUGUAAAAAGUUCUAUAUUUAUUUUUAUUUGUAUAUAAUCUCUAGGUAAUCAAAAUAAAUAUUAUUAAA